AAAAAGAUGUACCGUUGUGGGUGCUGGGUCUUUUCGGUGUGCCAAACCCCCUGGUGUCYCGGUACGUGCCUGCCGUACGUGASGGRGCUGCUUGAAGUAGCGGUUUUACGCAAUCGUACGUGCUCCGGGGGAAGCAACAAGGGAAGCAAUUCCAGCAGCGAUAGGAACCCAUCAACCACACCGAGACACAGCAUAGUCUAUUAUUCUUACUACUAUCACCUGUAUUACUAUCAAGAUGUUCGCUAUCCGAUCUCUCAUUGCCCUUCUCCUCUUGGCCGUCUCKGCCAUGGGAUUCGCCCCUGCCUCCCUCAGCAACAGCGCCAUGUCCACCACGGCACUCGCCGACAUCAAGCGCGGAUCCACGGUCCGCAUCAAGCGCAAGGAAUCCUACUGGUUCAACCAGUGCGGAAACGUUGCCGCCACUGACAAGCCUGGAUCGGCCCGAUACCCCGUCACCGUUCGAUUCGACAGCGUCAACUACGCCGGUGUCAACACCAACAACUUUGCCCACGAAGAAUUGGAGGUCGUCGAAGACAAAUAAACGAUCAAUUCUUGAGAGCAAUACACGGAUGUGUCACAACGACGUGAGAAUCAUCGAUCCKCUGUUGAUGGGUUGGGCACUGCAAYGCCGCAAUUAAGGGAACAAAACAUUCAACAACCAAACCACACCAAUUUUAUGCCUUUUUCGAAGGCGCUGAACAGUACGGACAUACAGUGCGAGUACAAAACGAACUGCAAUCGAUCGGACCGAAUCAGCAUGCAGGAGGAAAAACAUAUCAUAAAUUAGAAAUAGGAUU